AUGGAAACAAUGUUGGCAGCGCCAGCUGCUCCUCCUGAGCAGGAUUUUCAAUUGGACCCUUUAACUCAGUCGACUGCUGAAACCUGGUUAUCGAUAGCUUCUUUGGCCGAAACGCUCGGCGAUGCCGACCGUGCGGCCAUGGCCUACGAUGCUACUUUACAAUACAAUCAAGCCUCUACCAAGGCGCUGACUUCGCUAGCGCAUCUCUAUCGCUCGCGCGAUAUGUUCCAAAAGGCAGCAGAACUUUACGAAAAAGCACUUGCUGUUAAUCCUGAAUUAUCCGAUGUUUGGGCUACUUUGGGUCAUUGCUAUUUGAUGCUUGACGACUUGCAGAAGGCCUAUAAUGCUUAUCAGCAGGCCUUAUACCAUUUGAGUAACCCGAAUGUUCCUAAACUAUGGCAUGGGAUUGGUAUUUUGUAUGAUCGCUAUGGUUCUUUGGACUAUGCGGAGGAAGCGUUUGCCAAGGUACUUGAAUUGGACCCGCAUUUUGAAAAAGCUAAUGAAAUUUAUUUUAGACUUGGAAUCAUCUAUAAGCACCAAGGGAAAUGGAACCAGGCAUUGGAAUGUUUUCGUUAUAUUUUGCCCCAGCCUCCUGCACCUUUACAGGAAUGGGAUAUUUGGUUUCAAUUGGGGAGUGUACUUGAGAAUAUGGGCGAAUGGCAUGGUGCAAGGGAAGCAUACGAGCAUGUUCUGUUACAAAAUGAACAUCAUGCAAAAGUGCUACAACAACUUGGGUGUCUCUACGGCAUGAAUACAGUGCAGUUCUAUGACCCACAAAAAGCGCUCAAUUUCUUACUCAAAUCAUUGGAAGUUAACCCAUCAGAUGCUACGACGUGGUAUCACCUCGGUCGUGUGCAUAUGAUUCGGAGCGAUUACACUGCAGCAUACGAUGCUUUCCAGCAGGCGGUAAAUCGCGAUUCGCGCAACCCUAUCUUUUGGUGUUCUAUCGGUGUGUUAUACUACCAAAUAUCACAGUACAGGGAUGCACUCGAUGCUUACACCCGUGCAAUUAGGCUCAAUCCAUAUAUCAGUGAAGUCUGGUACGACCUUGGGACAUUGUACGAGACCUGUAAUAACCAACUAACAGAUGCGCUUGACGCUUAUAAGCAAGCUGCGAGACUGGAUCCUGAAAAUGUACAUAUUCGUGAGAGGUUGGAAGCAUUAAUGCAACAACUGGCAGAUAACGGAGCUCAAACUGCUGUUCAAUCAGCUGAUGGGUCUCAGCAGCCUCAAAUUGGGGCUCCUCCACCUAUCAUGUUGCAACCAACGUUGCAAUCCACAGAUCAAAGUAAUCCGCUGAAUGUAAGACCUCCAGCCACUACGCUAUAUGCAAAUGGGCCACUGCCACAAUACGCCGUGGCUGUACCCCAGCAAUCGGCUCCAACGAUGUUACCACCUCCUCCUCAACACCAGGCUCAACCGAUGUACCACCAGCCCAUGAUUCAUCCAAGUCAGCCUUCAAUGAUCACUAACGUAAAGAGUGUAAACGCAAUGGGGCCUAUGAUCCCACAAAAAAGACCCAUGGAUGGAUCGAUUCACACUUUGGUGAACGCGGCGGUUUCUACAGUAGCAAACGAACCAUCAACACAGGUACCAACUCUACCAACCUCUCAAAAGACAAGCACAGAACCGCAACAGAAGAGACUCAAGACUAAGAAAUCACCAAAGGCUGCAGUGGCCAAUCUGAAGAUACGUUCAACUACGGUUAAGGACAAGGAACAGGAGAGGGAAAAAGCUGCGAAGCAAAAGGCUACUAGUACGGCUGACAGUGCUGCUACGAUAACCGCACCAGGAUCUGCAGCGCCAGAAGUACCGACAACUAACCAGGUCCCUACACCUGACGAGGUAAAAGCGGCAGCUGUAGAAGCAGCCGUCGAGGCUAAGGACAAAGAAGCUGUAGCGCAAAUUGCUGCACCCGACGCUGCUGCACCAGAGGCUACCGCACCAGAGGUUACCGCACAAGAGACUACCGCACAAGAGACUACCGCACAAGAGGCUACGGCACCAGAGGUUGCGGCACCUGAGGCUGUCGUACCACCAAUGGAACCUGUAGAGAAGGAGAUCGAGAUGGAAAAGCAAGAGGAAGAGCAGAAACCUGUUGAAUCAGAAACAGUGAUUAAGCCAAGUGCGGAAGCUAUUGAAAAAUUACAAGAAGAAGCUAAACUUCGCGAAGAAGAAGAACGAGAAAGAUUGGAAGUACAAUCACAACCGGAAAAUUCAAAUGUGGCAAGAGAAAAUGUGGUUCGACAGAUAGAAGAGGACGAAAAUUAUGAUGAUUGA